GCCGUUCUGUGAAAGAGAUUGGGGAAUUCAAUUCAUUGGAAGUAGUGCAGAAAAUCGAGAACUGACAGAAAGGAAUACCGCGGACGACAAUUGAAGAUAUAUCGUUUACUUUUAUACAAGCUAGCUAGGGCAUAAACAUUUAUGCGCAAAAAUAACAAAUCCGUCUCGUGUGUUAUAUAUUUACAGAAGGUCAGUCUGUCAGCCCAUCUAGUUUUCUUCCAUUCACAUUCAUUGACUUCACCAACUCACUGCUGAAUUUUCACAGAUUAUCAGCACGCAAUACGGUAGCUCCUUUUGAUCUUAAGUCAUGGAUGACAAUGAGGGGUCAGAACCUGAGGACAUCCCAAUUGUAGGUUUUCUGGAAGAUAUGGGAAUUGACAAACCUCGUUGGACUCCUGUGAUUGGCCCAGCAAAGAAAGAAGAUGACAAGCCCGAACUUCAACAUGUACUGAAAGUUCGCAUGUCCAAAGGUGGUGACAGUGGUGACAUGAGUCGUUCCGUGUGGGUCGAAGAGGAUGCCCCGCCUUCGAGAAAUUUUGAGGACGCCAGAGCUAAGUGGGACUUCCAGCCGGGCCGCGCUGCUCGCAACGGAGAUGCUCCCGGACUGAGGUCACCCUCCCCUCGACAGAAGAAAGGUGCCAGUGGGCGGAGUGCACGUAACCCACGUGGAGAAGACAGCUUUGCCGAAGACGGUGGGCGUUCGCCUCAGGCUUACAGGCAGUCACAGGUUUAUGAGUACGAACAUGCACGAGGAAAGCAGAGAAUGCCACCAGCUGAGGAAGAAGGAAGAUUUAGGAAAGAAGUACACGUGCCAAGGAGGGUUAGGGAUGACUCCCCACGUGACAGACGUCACAAGAGUAGAGAACCAAGGUUGUCACCACCGCCCGCCAGGAAGAGAGAACGCAGUAAUUCACCUGACAGGUACAGGAGGGCCCGAUGGGAACACAGUCCGUCACCAGUGAGAAUGGUUCGCCGCUCUGUCUCUCUCUCGCCGCCGCCCAGGAGCCGGCACAGGUCGCGUUCUCCACCUCUGCCGCCCAGGAGGCGUGGUGGAAGUCACGAGUGGAGCCCGUCGCCACCUCCACCUCCUUCUCAUCACCGCCGCCCCCUGCCGAGCCACUAUCCGCCCCGGGACUUGGGGGACCGAGAAGUGCACCACGUACGGGACUGGAGGUCGCCACCACCCGCCCCGUCUGUCUACGAAGGAGCCCACGGCUCUCACCAGGUGCAGCAUUCGUCAGCAUCCAGUUUCAACGUAAUGCCUCCUGUUCAACAAUCUGUUUACGGAGAGAGUGGAUACAACUCUGUCUCAGCUCCUACAUCAUACUCAGAUUCUGGUGGCUAUCAUGGUAAUUACCAGUCUCAGGAGUAUGGCAACUAUGAGUACUAUCAGCAGCAGGGAACAGGCACAUCGUACCCAUCCCAUGCACAAGGGGAGUACAGCACAUCUGGGCAAGCAGCAGGACAGUCUUGGCAGAACAGUUCCUUGUCUAACAUGUAUUCUGAAGCGCCGCCAGCAGCAGGUUCUGGUGGAGACGGCGGUACAUCGACAGCAGGUUCACUCUCCGUGUCUGUCACGAAUCAAAAGAGCGAUGAUGCCAAAAAAGAAGCUGCCAUUCAGAAUGAGUUACUUCAGCAGAAGCAGACACUCGCCCUCCAGAGAGACGAAUAUGUACGUAAAGCUGCAGCCCUCGUGCGAGAGCUGAAUGUCCUCAAAGAGCAGGAAGAAGAGUUAGUGAGAGAAGAUUCACGCGAUAACAAGCGUUUCCUGCGCGAGAACACCAAGCUGCAGAUGGAAAUUCAGAACAGACUGACAGCUAUUAACAACGUCAUUGAUAUGUUGACUGGCAUUAUUGGUGAUCAAAACGAAGUAGCAGAUCGUACGAGUAAAAAGAGCAAGCACAGGAAAAGAUCAAAGAAGCAAGAAGACUCCGAGGAGUCUGCAGCAGACUCUGACGAAUCGGAGGCCUUGGCUGAACCCCCUAUUGCCGAAGAGAAGACAACAUCUGCAACUGUUGCUGCUUCAAUCUCCAAUCUCGGAUCUGGGCAGCGCCACAAUUUGGUCUUCUAUGAUCCCGAGAUGCACUGGUGCCGUGUGUGUGACGUCUUUCCUCGGACUGCUAAGGAAUUCCUGAACCAUUUACACAGUCCUGACCACAAGCAGCAAAUAUUGGAGCGAAAACUGGUGGAUUUGCCAUGGCAUAAGAUACAACAGGCAGAAGAAGUAUUGCCUACUAUCGAAGGAUUGCCAUCUAAGCGAACACCGAUAAAAGGUCUGCAAUUUUUUGUGUCAGCCACUGCUUGGUUUUGUAAGCUGUGCAGCACCUGGAUGGGCGACCUCCACUGUGCGUCAGUGCACUUGAAGGGCAAGUCACACUCGGAAAAAUAUGCCGCUUUUGUUGAGCAAAAUCCACACUGGGAAAUGGAUUGGUUAUCUGACCGAGAGAAGGCGUAUGAAGAGAAGCAGCACAAGGGUUCUUCAAAAGAUGACCAAAAUGAAAGCAAGACAUCUAUCAGAGAUCAUUCCACCAAGAAGCAGCUCCGUGAGAGGAACUCCAGAAGGAAACGACAAAUGGCCACUGGGAAGGACAGCAAGCUGGGCUCCUCGGGCAGCAGCUCGUCCAGCAGUUCCUCGAGCAGCAGUUCGAGCUCGAGCAGCUCCGACGAGGAAGGGAAUGAUAAGGACAAGGUGCGCAGCAUCCGCGUCACCAUGCGGAACAAAGCCAAGGCCAAAGCGCUGGCAGCUGCGGCCGCGAUGACUGCCACUUCCCAACAGCAGUCGGCAUCGAAGGCUUCGCUGCCCCAAAGCAGGUGGGACAGCCCGGAAACUGCCAAGCAGUCCUCAACGCCUGUGGUGUUGGGACGCAGUGGAUUUCAAAAGGUGGCAGGCCAAGCGGGUGCAGUGCACGUGAAGGCUGAGAGUCCAAGUGACAAGAUAUUAGAGGAAUGGAAUAGCGUGAAAGACUCUGCAGUGAGUGAAGGGGACAAGCAGCUGCUGAGCCACCUGAAGGAGCGCAUCAAGCAGCGUCAGGAGGAAGAGGACAAGAUGGUUGCCAGUGCGGCCGCUGCUGCCGCCGCUGCUAUCGCAGCAGCAGUGAACGCUGAAAAGGUGAAGGAGAAGGAGGAGAGGGAACAACGUGAGAAGGAGAAGGAAAGAGGCAGAGAGAGGGAAAAGGAUAAAAUCAGAGAACGUGAAAAAGAGAGAGAAGUUGCGAGCCGGAGGGAGGAACGUGGCCGUAAUGUGCAUGAAAGGGAAAGGCGGCGCAAACGGGGACGUAGCCGCAGCGAUUCACCGCCCCCGACACGCCGUGGGGAGAGGGAACGUGAGAGGGACCGUGACAGAGACAGGGAAAAGGAAAGAGAGAGGGAGAGAGAAAGAGAAAGAGAGGAAAGGGAGAAAGAACGAGAGAAGGAUAGAAUGAGGGAGAAGGAACGGGAGAGGUCCAGGAGUGGCAAGCGAUUGUCACCUGCCAGGAAACACCCCUCUGGGAGGAUAGACCGCGAGGACGAAAGGUCGAGCCCCACCGUGAAGAGCAGCCCGCCGGACCGACGGACACCUUCCGGGAGCAAGCGCGGUGACCCGUCGCACAUCGCGGCUGCGGACGACAGCGAGACGAAGUUCGAGCGAGCCACUGCCGAGUCUGCAGCAAAAUCGCGCAGCAAGGCCAAGCGGAGCGGGAGUAGCGUCGUCGGAGGCGGCGGCGGCGGCACCGGCAGUAGCAGCGCGGCCGGCAGUGUGGGAGGUGGAGGAGGGCCGAGUGCCAGUGGCGCACCGGCGCAGGCGGCGGCCGGCUCCAAGUCCAAGCUCCCCUUCAUCGGCCGCAUGCCCAUACUCAAGAACAUUGCGGCAAAGAGGAAAGGCUCCUCUACUGACAGAGGAGAUGAUGACGGAAAACUAGAUGACAAAAACGAUGAGACUGGAGACUCUGUACCCUUCGGUCCUCUGCCCGAGCCUCAGGACAUGGAGAUCGACGACGAAAACUCGGGCGAACCGUCGGCACCAAUUGCAGAGAACGUGCCAGCUCCGAAACCGACUGCUUCUCAGCAGACGAGUGCAAAGGCAGGCAGAACUGUAGCCCCACCGAGCAGUUCACCGUCGAGGCCCGCGAGGAUGGAGCAGCCACCUCCACCUGCUACAAUGGAACGACCUCCGCCACCGGCAGUGUCCGUUGUAGCCAUCGAUGAGACUACACCACCCGGGCACGACCCUGUACCGCAGCAGUCUGAAGCCGCCGCAGUGCCACCGAAUAUUCGACCGAACAUUGCUCAUGGCGAGAUGGCAGUGACAGAUGCGGCUGUUUCAAAGACUGGUGCUGGUGCUGAGGGACCUCUACCUAGAGAUUUCCAGGAGGCCCUAAAUAUCUUAUUCCCUGGACAAGACGAAGGAAAAGAAGGGGAAGGCAAGGACAGUCAACAGCAGCAGCAGCAGCAGCAACAGCAGCAGCAGAUGCCACUCGGCAUGCACCCUCACCAGCCACCGCCGCCAUGGGGACCCCACGUGAUGCCGCCGCAGAUGGGCUACGGGCCGCCUCCGGGCCAGAUGAUGGGUCCGCCUCCCGGGAUGAUGGGACCGCCGCCUGCCAUGAUGGGACCCCCUCCGGGCAUGAUGGGACCCCCUCCGGGACAUCCUCCAAACGUGAUGCCUCCACCUGGGAUGUACGGACCCCCGCCACCGGGGAUGGGAGGUCCUCCGCCCCCCGGUGUAGGCGGCCCCCCACCCCCCGGUGUCGGCGGGCCCCCGCCCCCCGGUGUGCACGGGCCACCCCCCACCACAGCCAACCCCCAGUACGGGCCACCCCCCACCUCGGGCAGCCCCCAGUACGCACCACCCCCUGCAGUGGGUCCUCCACCCGGGCUGCCGCCAACCUCGCAGCCCCCCACAUCGCAGCCCCCUCCGACAGCAGUGCCGCCUCCGCAGCAUAUGGGUGUGAGGCCCCCAGGUGCUCCCCCGACGAGUGUGCCGCCACCGUACCUGGGUCAGAUGAGCAAGGAGGACCUUGCUAUGCUCGGCAUAGAUGCCGAGGACAUGGCGGCACAGACAUUCUGAUGCAACUGGGACCUUCCCCGGCGAAGAAUGGUUGCUGCCAAACUUUUGCCGUACGUGCUGAGGAAGUUGUCCUGAAGGCUCGAACUGAUGUAGUGUAUAAUGAAGUGUUGUUUUGUAGAUUUAUCACUAUAAAACGGCAACUAUUGUCUCUGUUCCUAUAUCUGUCGUCUGCCGAGGGUUGUACGUCCAAACGAUUCUCUGAAAGGAAAGAGAGCAGUCGGAAUGCAUAGUGUAUGCUGUACUACUUGUCAGUUAACUUGAAACUGAGAAGAGUGGAUAGGCCUAAGAGACUAGAUUCUCGGAUGUGACACAAUCAUUCAAUGAAAAUGGGUGGCAAAUGUAUUUGUUGUAGCCAAUUAUUUCUCUAAAUCUGUGCUUAAAGAUGUGUAAAAGUUGUAAAGUAUUUCUAAAAUUGUGAAUUUGACAUGGAAUUUGUACACUUCCACUGCCAUCAAGCCUGAAGAACUAACCUACAAUCAACAUUUGUGUAUUCCUUGAUGUUAAUGUUGUACUACUUGUUUAUGCUUUGAUCUGAAUGUACUGGGUUUGUAGUUCCUGUGGGCAACAAUAGUAAACAAGAGAUUCACUUGUAGAAACCCUCUCCCCCAAUUCCACUCCAACCUUUUGUGUGAACAGCAGGUGAGUACUUAACAUUCAGCAGGUAAAUUCCAAGUUCUGUUGAUACACAUGUGCAGAAGUAGGAAAAACUGUUAUGUUUGGAACUGUUGGUUCCUUUGUCAGGAAAGAAAGGAGCCUAGGUUAAAAAAGUUAGAAAGUUUGAGCAGGUCACUCGGACUGCUGUUUUAGUGGCCUACCACAACUUCCCAAUACUUCAAAGAUUAACCUUUUUCCCUCUCUGACAGAUGAAGUAACAGUUCCACAAGCUAGAUAAGUUUGUUUUCUGCUUCUAUAUGUGUCUUGGCAGUAUUUGAGUUUUCAUCUCUUGAAGAUAGGUAAGUCUUUCUGUCAUUGUAAUUUUACAGCUUUCUCGUGUGGAUAUUUUGAUGGCAUUAUUGAUUUAAAUCCAGUCACUUUGCUUCCAAUAUUUUGUGCUGUGCAAAGGUCUGAUAAAAAGGGCAAUGUCACAUGUUUAUUUCUCAUUCUUCUCGAGAGGAUGUCGUGUUAUACGCUGCAAGUAAUAAAAAAAUUAUUUCUCUUAGUCAAAGGUAAAGAUGUGAAUCAUAAUGUUUUACAGUGACAUGAAAUGGAUGCAAUAUGACAAGCUGCAGUUCUCACCUCUUACUAUGAGGUGUACUGCUUCAAAGAUAACAAAUUCCAGCAAGAUGUAAUGUCCUGCUAGCAUUGUGUUGAAGUUAUAAGGUCGGACUACUUUGAGAAAUCAGAAAAGUUAUUACAUAAGGUAUAAGUGAUGAAAAGUCUGCUAAGAGUUGUUUCUCCAAUCUAUGAUUGGCCCAUAGGUCAGUUAAUAAAUAUGAUAAUAUUUGGUAUUGGCAAGCAGUUUCUGACAGUUUAUUGCACCACAGUGUUAUGUGGUAUAAAUAUAUUUUUAGGUACUUUAGAAUAAAUAAUAAAAUGUGUUAUUAGACAGCUGGCCCUUUGUACAUACAUUGCAUGUGUCUAGAGCUUGUUAUAUCAGACUAAAUGGUUUAUUAGAUCUGUACUGUGGGUGUAUUUAAUUUAACUCUUAGAAGGAUUUCUAUUCUACCUAUAAAGUUGAAAAUCACACUUUAUGGAAAGUGGUAUAUGGGACCCAGAGAUUGUCUUUUUAUGUAAUGCCUUGAGUCCCUUGUAUAAUGUCAGUGACUAUGUUAAAUAGCCCAAAUCUCCUUUCAUAUUUCCUGUACAGUUCCGACUGUAUCAUUUGUUUUUGGAUGUGUGAGAACAUUAUUUAGUGUGAGAAAUGUCAAACUGUUGAUAGAGACUUAUUUUCUGCUCCUGUACAUCAUGUAAGCCAGGAGGGGAAGGAGACAAGUGAUAAAAAUCUGUAAAAGCGUAUAUUUGUGUACUUGUGUGUGGUUGUAACAGUGCAGUUCCAGGACCAGAACAUUCUAAGACGUCCUGGUUGGCCUGAUAGUUAGUGAAAGAAUAAUUCUCAAGUAUUACAUAAUUUCUUAUUUCUAUGUUAUUUUUGUUUAUUAUCUGCCUUGUGUAGAAAUUGUCAUCUGGAACAGUAAAUCUCUAUUAUCUGUUUUAUAUGUUCUGAGUUUGAACUUUCAGUAUUUGAAUCAUUCAGAGUUAACACAAUUUUCAUUUUAUUGUAAUUACUUGUGAUGUAACUUUACUGCCUUUUUGUUCAUCUGUAGCUUCAUAAAUAAAUUUUUUAAAUUGGAGUCAUUGUUUCAGUUAAAGAUGUUGAUGUUCCUCAAGACAGUGAUUUAAGUGUGAAAAACAACCUUGUUAAUGAUAAGUAGCCCUGUAAAGUGAUCCUUAUUUGCAGAGGAUUUGUCAGUUUCUGCUCUUCUUCCAACAUUUCAGUGAACACACACAAGAUGGGACUAGCUGUUAAGAAUUUGGAUAAAUGAGAAGGCAGGAGGACAAUAAAG